AUGUUGAGGUUGCGGUCGUCCAGGAAAUCGUUGUAUUUCGUCUCUGUUGGAAUCGGAGUGGUGAGAACCACAGAAACUUCUUUCAACAGCUCACAGGCCUGGUUUCUGGCCUCCACGAGACUUUCGAUCGUUUCGUCGUUAAGCAGGAUGUUGUUUUUGCGCGACUGGUGGUCGAUGAACAGGUUUUCCGCAACAUUUGAUGUACUGUCCAUAUCGUCAAACGGAUUCGUCAGGUUACCUGCGUGGAAUCUGUUUUUGAAGAACCUCGGGUACAGAAGCGGAAUACCGUUUGGAUCCACGUUCUGUUCGUACUUGAGGUUCAUGAAGAUCUCGCGGAGAACGUCGACUCUUUUCAGCAGCUUGAUACCAUUGAUCUCGGCCCGUUUGUAG